UUGAAACAGUCACCAUCGCGACGGCGUGCAAGAAAAAGUGUUGGAGAUGAAGAUGUGCCAAUCUCUACGCGUGACAUCAACCCGGUGAUUAGCAUCGGUAUUCCGCGAGCUGUAGUCCGAGCUGGGCACAGGAAUAGUAGUAUUGAGAAGAAAGAAAAGAAGGUUGAGCGGUUAUUUGCCAGUUCGAAUGCAAAAGCUGACGAACGAGAGCCAUUACAAGAGGAGGAGGAGGAGUUUGUGAGUAAACCGAUGCCUGGUCAACUCUAA